CUGCAUCAUCUCUCAUCCGACGUUGGAGAAUUCUCGGAAACUGCACUUGCUCUGUGUGAGAGCUUAAAUGGUUUAACAGUUGGGCCAUUCACAGUUGAAUAUGGUCCGCUGCCCCCACUAAAGCCGAAGGCAUUUUCUCUCCGUGCGCCAACUUGCAUUUCAAACUUUUAUCGGAUAGCAAGAGGUCUACUUAUCAACAAGCCAAUUUUAUUGGAAGGAUCCCCCGGUUGCGGGAAGUCGAGCACAGUGUUAGCACUGGCACAACUGACUGGACAUCCAAUAACAAGGCUGAAUCUAUCGGAUCAAACGGAUCUGUCCGAUCUGUUUGGCAGCGACGUGCCGAUGGUUACAGAUGAUGGGAGCAUCUCCUUCUGCUGGAGUGAUGGUCCAGUUUUACGAGCCAUAAAGAGAGGAGAAUGGGUAUUGCUCGAUGAGAUGAACCUUGCAUCACAAUCGGUUUUGGAAGGUCUCAAUGCAUGCUUCGAUCACAGAAGAGUUUUGUACAUAGCCGAGUUGAAUCGUUCGUUUGAGAUUCCACCGGGUAGUAACUGCCGCUUCUUCGCUUGCCAGAAUCCGAGAAUGCAAGGAGGAAAUCGGCGAGCCCUUCCAAAGUCUUUCGUCAAUCGCUUUACAAAUGUAAGUUAUAGAUUGCUCCUUUUGACUUGA